GAGAAAGGCGUGACUGCAUUUUGCCGCUGACGUAGACAGCACCACCUCGCUUGCAGCGAUCGCAGCGUUAUGGAAUAAGAGGCGGAGGACACCGAGAAUCCAGAGCAGAGUUGACACUGGAGAGUCUUCCGUGUACCAGAACGCACAUUUGUUGGAGGACCCCACCCCACGUGAUAAUGGAUAUCACAGAAGCUUUCAGAGCGGAAGACAUAUCAAAGACGGACUUCUUCGAUUUCGUCGUGGCCCCCGACGUGGGUGACCCGCCGCACGCGCUGACCUUCAACCGCUCGCUGAUGAAGUCCAUGGGCAUAUUCAUCGAGAACUCCUCGGUGAACAGCGGCGCCGCCCAGAUGGGUGCGUUCCAGGAGCUCAAGGAGGCCAACAACAACCACCUGGUGAUGGCGUCCGCGGCGGGCGCCGCCAACGCCGGCGGAGACCCGGGGGCGCUCGCCUUCUCCGAGCACGGCUUCUGGUCGUCGCCGCCGCAGUGCGACAAGGAGACGGUGCGCCUCGAGACGGCCUUCUUCGAGGACCUCAACACGUACUGCUGGAGCCAGGACAGCGACGCGUCGGGCUCGUCCAGCCACAAGGAGCCGGCCGGCGCCGCCGCCACGUGGUACCGCCCCCCGGAGGCGGCGGCCGCCAAGGGCGACCGCGGCGCCGCCUCCGCCUCCGCCGCCCCCGCCGGCGGCGCCCCGGAGGCCGGCCUGCGGCAGAUGGCCGCCCAGCAGCAGCAGCAGCAGCAGCCGCAGGCGGCGCUCGACAUCGACGCCAUCCUCAGCAUCGUGCCCGGCGACGGCCACGCGCGGACCAGCGGCCCGUCCUUCCACUCCAACGGCUACCACCCGCACCAGCCGCACAGCCACCAGGACGCCAGCACGCUCAGCCCGCACCAGGCCAUGGCCCACGAGAUCAAGACGGAGCAGCAGCAGCAGCAGUACAGCUACGAGCACAUCUCCGAGUCGUCGCCGAUGAUGGAGACCAGCGGCGACGCCGAAACGUUUGGUGGCGCCACGGGCCAGACCGCGGCUUCCAACAACAACAACGACUGGAAGAUUGGCGACAACAACAGCGGCACCAAUGUCGACUCGCUGCUGAGGAGUGCACUUCAAGGCAAAGGGGCCUUCUUGAACAGGUACAACGGCGUGCACAAGAGCGACUGCCUCAAGGACGGCCACACGGAGCUGCGCCGCGCGCUGUCCACGCCGCCCGGCAGCCACGGCAGCGGCUCCAAGACGCCGACGGCGGCCGAGUCGCCGGUGUUCGUGCCCGAGGCGGCGGAGGACAGCGCCGACAAGAAGCCGCUGGUGCAGCACCUCCAGCUGGACAGCGGGCCGGCGGGCAGGGCCGCCAUGUUCGACGACGGCGACCACCACUCCCCGCCCGCCACCAGCGUCGACGACAUCCUCUUCUCGUUCCCGGGAGGCUUCGACGAGAAGAUACGGAACAUCACGAACGAGGUCGUGGAGUCGGCGAAGCGGUUCUGCGUGAUGGAGCAGCAGCCGCACGACCAGCACCACGCGUCCAUGUACAUGGCGCGGCUCCCGCCACCCACCCACGACGGGCUCGCGCUGAUCCCUCUGAACCACCACCACCAGCACCACCACCACCAGCACCACCACCACCACCAACAGCACCACCCCCACCAGCAGCCGCACCACCACGCGCUGUCGUCGCCCCCGGCACCGCAGCACCAGACGCCGCCGCCGCCGCCGCCGCAGGCGCCGCCGAGGGCCAAGAAGUACUCCAAGAAGCAGAGCUCCGCGGCCAAGGGGGCAGCGCUGCAGGGCGCGGCCGGCAGCACGCCGGGCGCGCGCAAGGAGCGCUCGCUGCACUACUGCAGCAUCUGCAGCAAGGGCUUCAAGGACAAGUACUCGGUGAACGUGCACAUCCGGACGCACACCGGCGAGAAGCCCUUCUCCUGCACGCUGUGCGGCAAGAGCUUCCGCCAGAAGGCGCACCUCGCCAAGCACUACCAGACACACAUCGCGCAGAAGAAUCUGACACCGGGCGGAGGCGGCGGCGGCGGCGGCGGCUGCGGAGGCGGCAGCGGCAGCGGCGUGUCCAAGCCGUCCACCAACAAGAACCGGUACGCCGCUCCCAAAGCCUCGUGAUUACUGCGGCUCGGACGGCUCCUUCUCCUCUAAAACGGUCGCAGCAGGCUCCGAAACAGACUUUCUGUCCAGUGGCUGUGUUGGCACUAAUGUUACCAUCUUCAGAGCAUUUGGCUUUGUAGGUCAGUCCGUAUUUCCGAGUCACCAACUACGUCACUGUUAUUAGCAAAUGUAAUUUUUUUUAUCUCGUGGACACACAGUGCAUUUUAUAUAAACUACACUGCAUAUUUUAGUUUAUAGAUGCCCCUGUGAAUUUCAAUAAGUGUGGAAAGUUAUAAACGUCCCGUUUUUCUUUUUACUCCUGCUGAUCUCUCAGUAUUAUUACUAUUAUUAUUUUAUUGUUAUUAUUUAAUACUUGUUUUUAAGUUUCGUAUAAAUGUAAAUAAUUAUAUCACAACGAUAAUUUCGGCGGAGGCGAUGAAGAUGACCAUACCAAACCACUGUCCAAAACUUCACGGAGUAGCACAAAAAUGACUCGUUCACAUUUUAUCAAGCAUUU